UCGACAGCGUUGUGGAAACAUCAUGGUCAAAGGAGAAAAGACACAGCCGCUCCCCAUCCCUGGUCUGGGCCCUGGUCAGGUCGUUCAGCUGGAUGUUUCUGUUUGCUCAGUGCUGCCGUCUCAUCCAGUUCGCAUGUACCGUGAAUGCUCCGCUUAUUUUACGCCAACUCAUCACCUACAUUGACGCUGGACCCACGGGACAGGGGCGUGGUCUGGGUCUCAUCGUGGCCUUCUUCCUAAACCAGAUCGGGUUCAGCAUCUUCAUUGAGCACUCCUUUGAUGGCUCCAGUCGCCUCGGACGCAGUGUCAGAACAGCCAUGUACUCUGCUAUCUUUAAGAAGAGUCUGUCGAUGUCCAACAAAGCUCGACAGAAGUAUUCCCUGGGCGAACUCACCACUCUGAUGUCAGUCAAUGCCAGCCAGGUCGGCUCCUAUGUUGAUCAACUGAGCACGAUCAUCCUCAGCCCUCUCCUAGCGGUGGUCAUAUUCUAUCGCCUGUUCAACCUGCUCGGUGUGGCGGCCGUGUUUGCCCUGGCGGUGAUGUUGGUGCUCAUCCCGACCAACCUGCUGAUGACGGACAGAGCGGAGAUCAUUGACAAGGAGAGGAUGAAGAAGACGGAGCAGAGGAUGAAGCUGCUCACAGAGGUCCUCAACGGUAUCAAGGUUGUGAAGCUGAAUGCAUGGGAGCGGUGUUUCGGGCAGAGGGUGAUGUCGGCUAGAGAGGACGAACUUGGCGUCCUGAGACGGUUCUACACAGUCUCGGCCCUCUUCAGCUUCUCCUGGACAGUCGUGCCGUAUCUGAUGUCCGUGGUAACGUUUGCCGCCUAUGUGUACCUGACCGGGGACAUGCUGGACGCCCAAACCGCCUUUCUCGUCGUCUCCUACCUCAACAUUCUCAAAUACAGCUUGAACGAGACGUCGCUUGUGUUCCUGUUCUUCCUGAAGAUCAACCUCCAUCUCGGUCGGAUUCGAACCUUUCUCCUUGAGGACGACCAUAAAACAGAUGGUGACAGCCCUGAUAAACCAUGCGUUGCAGAUUCUGCUGUCGAUAUUCAAAACGGCACCUUUGUCUGGGAUGAUGAAAGAGUAUUUGUCCUAAAAUGUCUGAACCUGAAGAUACCGAGAGGCAGUCUUACGGCUGUCGUUGGAGCAGUUGGUGCCGGCAAGUCAUCCAUGCUGUCGGCGAUACUCGGAGAGAUGGAAAAACUCACGGGCCACGUGCAUGUGAAGGGCCGCACAGCGUACCUCCCUCAACAGGCAUGGAUCCAGAACGUCACCCUGCAAGAGAACAUCCUCUUCGGACAGCGGCUGGAGAAGCUGAGAUAUGAAGACAUAUUGGAAGCAUGUGCCCUCAACCCCGACCUCGCCCAGUUUCCGGGGGGUGACCAGGUGGAGAUAGGCGAGAAGGGGAUCAACUUGAGUGGCGGACAGAAGCAGAGAGUGUCUCUAGCAAGGGCUGUCUACAGUGAUGCUGAUAUCGUCCUCCUUGACGACCCCCUGAGCGCCGUGGAUAACCACGUAGCCAGACACAUCUUCAGUAGCGUCAUCAGCAACAACGGAAUCCUGAAAAACAAGACUCGGGUACUGGUCACCCACAACAUGGCUGUUCUGCCUCACGUGGACCAUAUACUGGUGGUCAGCGGGGGGUCGGUGACGGAGUCCGGCUCCUACAGUCAGUUAAUGGUCAACGGCGGUCCCUUCUCCGUCAUGCUGAAACACAGUCAAUCAGAUUACAACACAAGCAACAAAGAUCUACUCAGCUUGGAAAACUCUCCUGGUGCUACCGGUCCAACAAGGCCAAAUUCUUCGACUAAAGUCCAGCCAUCAGAAUCAAAGAUAAUCACGGAGGAGGAAACGAGAGUUGGCGGGGUAAGCCUUGAUGUGUAUCGACUGUUCCUGUCUGCGCUGGGGGGUGCCCGCUGUCUGCUACUGCUGCUGCUGUACGGGGUGUACUACGCUGUGUUCAUGUAUGCCCACAUAUGGCUAACCCAGUGGGUGGAAGACCCAGCACUCAGAGGCCUCUCCGCCCCACCUACCACUACCCGGGGCGGGGCGGCUGGCGAUGAUACGUAUAAUCACACAACUACUUCGGACUCUCUCAAAUGGAGACGGACUCAGUAUUACCUCGCUGGCUAUACAGGUCUUGGUGUUUUACAAGCCGUCCUGUUGGUGACCUACACCUACUGCCAGGGCAGGGUGUUAAUCUCGGCGGGCAGGACACUCCACCACCAGUUGUUGCAGAACGUCCUCAGAUCACCCAUGUCCUUCUAUGACACCACACCCAUUGGCCGCAUAAUGUCCAGGUUCUCAGGCGACCUAGGGGCGGUGGACAUCGACAUGACCAACACUUUGGACGGCUGGCUCAACGGCAUGGGCAACGUCGUCGGUGGUCUCCUUAUGAUCUGCUACGUCGCACCGUCCGCCCUGGCUACUAUCAUACCAAUGUUCUUUGUAUUUCUGUCUGUUCAGCGGGGAUACAUCAGCACCACCAGGCAGCUGACGAGGUUGGCAUCAGUAAGCCAGGCCCCAGUCAUCAGUUUCUUCAACGAGGCAGUGUCUGGCACCUCUGUCAUCAGGGCACUUGCAGCAAGGGCCGGGUUUUGGAAGACAUUUGCCAGAAAGGUUGACUCCAACUGUAAAUUUUCGUUCUUCAGCGCAUUGUGCAAUAGAUGGCUGAGUGUCCGACUGAAUUUCAUUGGCAACAUCAUCCUGACCACCGCCAUCACCACGCUGUGUCUGGGACGGGAUGUCGUUACCGGGGGGAGCGUCGGGCUCAUUGUCUCAUUCGCCGUCGAGUUCGGCAGUAAACUGGUCUGGUUCAUCGUCAACACCACCCGCCUUGAGGUGUACAGUGUGUCCUUGGAGAGGAUCUUCCAGUACACCACCAGUCCUACUGAGGCCACGUGGACCAGGCGGGGUCUACCGCCACCUCUCGACUGGCCUCGACAUGGGGACAUAGAGUUCCGGAAGCUCAGUCUCAGAUACAGGGAAGGCCUCGAUCUGGUCCUGAAGGAUGUCAGCUUCAAGGUCAAACAUUGCGAGAAGAUUGGCAUCGUGGGGAGAACUGGCGCAGGGAAGUCUUCACUGAUGCUCUCCCUGUUCCGUCUAUUCAAACCAACCGAGGGUGCCAUCUUUGUGGACGGUAUCGAUAUUUCAACACUUGAACUCGACGAACUGAGGUCAAAGAUUGCAGUUAUACCCCAGGACCCAGUGUUAUUUACCGGAAGUCUUCGUAUGAACCUUGACCCGGAAGGAGAAUCUUCUGAUGCUGAGAUCUGGACAGCCCUGGAACACACCAGACUGAAACAGGUGGUUGAAGCUUUGCCGCAUCAGCUGAUGGCCGAAUGUGGGGAGGGAGGUCAAAACUUCAGUGUAGGGCAGAGGCAGCUGCUGUGUCUGGCGAGGACAUUGCUGAAGAAGACCAAGAUCCUGGUACUAGACGAGGCUACAGCCGCUGUUGACAUGGCAACGGAUAACGUCAUACAGGACACCAUCCGACGAGAGUUCCCGCAUUGCACAGUUCUUACCAUAGCGCACCGACUCAAUACCGUCAUGGACUAUGACAGAAUCUUGGUCAUGGACAGUGGGCGUGUCUCCGAGUUCGACACGCCGUCCACACUACUGAGGAACACCACUGGGACCUUCAGCUGCCUCGCCCAUAGUGCCGGGAUUGUGUCAUAGCGUACAUUUAGUAGAGUCAAGGAUACUAAGGUUUUACUGUAUAUAAAAUAACGAUUCAAAUAUAAUUAAAUAUUAAAAGAUCGAAGUC